AUGGAUCUGUAUGAUUAUGAUCCAGUGACUCAUAUUAAUGAUAUCUUUGACACACCAGAAACCUUGAAUCAUUUGCCACAAGCGUUAUCUCACAUACAUCAAUACAAACUACAACUAAAUGGUCGUAUCAAUACAUUGAAAUCGGAGUAUGAUUCGAGCACCGAAAUAGAUAAUGACAUAAAACAACUAGUCACAAACAUCAAGGAUGUGAAAGAUAGUGCAAAUUCUACAAAAUCCACAAUUGCAUCAAUGACUAGUUCGAUUCAAAAAUUGGAUUCAUGCAAAAAGAAUCUUGUAUUAUCAAUGACGGUGUUUAAAAGGUUGCAAAUGUUGGUUAAUGUCAAUAAUGAUCUAAAAGAGAUUCUCCCUACGCGAAACUAUGAAGAGAUAUAUCAAAGGUUAGGAGUAAUGAAGGAACUACUUCAAUUUUUCCAACCUUACAAGUCAAUUGAUUUGAUUAAUGAAAUCAAUUUGAUGACAAUGUUUACUCAGAAUAAACUAGUCGAUGACAUUUUUCUCGAUUUUGAGGAGUUUUUAAAACGUGAUAGUAGAGGAGGAGGAGGAGGAGGAGGAGGAGGAGGAGGAGGAGGAGGCAGUGGCUCAAAACUGGAGCAGAAUCUACUUUAUGGAGCUAAAACGUUGGAGAUGAUUGACGACAAAAACAAGACCAAAUUGCUAAAUUGGUUUCACAAUCUACAACUACGAGAUUUAAAGAACAUUUUCAGUCAAUCCGAUGAAGCGGGAUCAAUUGAAAACUUGGGUCGAAGAUUCAUCUACUUCAACAAGAUUUUGGAUGAAGUAAAGCAGUACGCAAUUUUCCCACAAGAUUGGAAUGUAACUAUGGACAUCAUUGAUGAGUUUUGCAAGAUAACCAAACUGGAUCUCGCCAGUACUUUACAAAACAAGAAAAUUGAUUCCGGUACAUUACUUGACAAUUUGACAAAGACUAUUGAGUUUGAAAAGAAACUCAAUGCUGAAUAUCCUCGAGACGGUUCCGAGUUUAACAUAUCGUCCGUUUUUGAACCGUAUUUGUCCAUAUGGAUACAAGAACAAGAUAAGAUGUUGAGUGCUAAAUUUCUUGAAUUUGCUUCUACUUCACAAUUACCGCUGGAAUUAGCCAAAGACAUCACGGCAAAUGUACCUAAUAUCUCCAUCACAUCAACUGAGCUUUUUAAAGUUUAUCACAAACUUUUAUCACAAAUUUUGAAAUUGAGCAAUGGAGAAAUCAUCACUUCCUUGGCAAGAUUGUUUAACAAAUAUUUGUUUGAAUACCUCAACCGAAUCUUGACACCAAUGCUUCCUCGUAAUGAUGAUGAUAUUGCCGGAGUAGACGCAAUCAAGUAUCUCACUUUAUUACUAAAUACAGGUGACUAUAUGGUGGGGAACAUUGAUGAAUUGAAUGAGAAAUUGGAGCUUGUUGUAUCUGAUGAGUUGAAAGAUCAACUACCUACAUUAAACAGCGAUGUUUUCCUUCAACUUGUAAACAAGAGCAUUUCAGCCCUCUUGGUGAAGAUGACUAAUGAUUAUAAACCAUGUUGGCGAGAAUUCUUCAACAUCAAUUGGCAAGAAUUGGAUUCAGUCAACGAUGUCUCUUCAUACAUGAUUGAUAUUAAAAAAAUUACUCAAGAUAACUUGAAAUUGAUUUUGCCCUUGAUUAUUCGUGAUAGUUAUGUACGCAAUUUCAAUGAUAAAUUGGUGGAGUUACUUGUGACUACAAUCGCCAACAAUUUGAAAUUUAUUAAACCAUUGACAACGAAUGGGUUGGAACAAUUGUUACUUGAUGUUAUAACACUCAAGGAUGUUUGUUUGAAUUUCCCUCGUUUGGCACAAAAGGAAACAACUAAAUCAUACACCAAAUUUGUCAAUUCUCAUUUCCAUGAAUUAGAAUCAAUAUUGAAAAUAUUGAUGGUUCCCCAAAAUAUGCCAGUGGAAAAUUUCAUUGAACUGUAUUUUGAGUUAAUUGGUGGUAAAUCAAUUGCUAACUUUACCAAAAUUUUAAAUUUGGCCAAGAUCGAAAAAUCAAAACAGUAUAAGUACAUUGAAAACUACAAGUUACAAUUAUCGAUUGACAAUGAUGACGAAAAUGGUGACGCAAAUACUACAUCACAUCAUAAUAAUCAAUUGUUGACUAAUUUAGAGGAUGACUUGGAUAACUUGUCAGCAUCAUCAACUCCAGUGAGUGCAACAACCCCUGGUCCAUUCUCAGCAGCUAAUCGCUCCACCGGGAACAAUAACAACAAUGGAUAUAGUUCUGGGAAGCUAUCCUCACCUGAUAUAAAAUCACCCAAGUUACUUCCUCGAAUGAAUCAAUUUGAAAAAAAUAUUAGAGAGUUGGCAUUAACAGGUGAAACGCACGUGAGUAAAUUUAAUGAAAACUUUAGAAGCAAUUUUGGCAAAUUGUUUAGAAAAGAAGAACGUUGA